GAGCAGCCCUUCAGGCAGAAGGCCAUGCUGGUGGUAGAGCUUGCGACGCACCCGAGCCUCCUGCGCUCCAUCCCGAACUGGGCGCGCAAGCUGGACUUUUUCACGCCGCGCGAGCCCGCCUUCGCGGACUUGGCUAUGCCUGCGCGCCAGGGCGAGAACUGCGUCGCCAUCAAGUCGGACUUGCGCCCUCACUUCGACAUCCUGAGAGAGCUCCUCGGGCCAUCGAGGGCUGCGGCCGUAAUGCCCUGCCUCGUGGGCGUCGAGGCCCGGCCCCUGGCCGCGUGCAGGGCCGUUCUGGGGCUGGGCGACGACAGCGCUGCCUCAGACGCGGGCGGCGACACUUGCCCGCCCGGCUCGACG